AUGUCGAGCAAGGCAGAGCAGACAACUCUGCACGGUGUUCACUGGGUGUUCGACAGCCGCCUGCCGCUGCUGCUCAGACUCGGCUGGAUCGUCGCCAUCCUCUCAUCCUGGUCCUACCUGCUCUACCUCACCUACAGUCGCGUCACCUACCUGUCCACCCACCCGAAGAAGACCAUCGUCGACGUGAAAUACGACCCGGGCGGACUCGAAUUUCCCGCCGUCACCAUCUGCAAUAACAACUUAGUAAAACGCUCCACGUCGCAUAAGCUACCGCAGUACGAAGAACUGGAGCGAUUCCUCAACGACUACACCACCUACAGAUGGCGACACGGGUUGGCGGCGGGCGAGAAUUUUCCCGCCGCCGACUACAACCUCUCUCACCUGACGAUGAACGAGCUGACGGCCCUGAGCGAGAAGGACGAAGGCGCCGGAUCCGUCAUCGGAUGUCACUUCGACGGGAGAAGCUGCAUGGGUAGUCUCCGCCACAUCACCCGCCUCUACGGUCAUUGUUAUGUCUUCAACUCCCAGGUUUCCGUUCCCAAAACACAGGAUCACGACGGAUGGGAUCCGCGACCGCCGCUGUACUCGUCGCAGACGACUAGCGAUCACGGACUCACCAUGGUGCUGUGGGCCGACGCAGACGAAUACUUCUACGGUUACAAGGGCGACAUGGUCGGUUUCACCGUGAGUAUCUCGUUCGUAGUGAAAUAA